UCGAAUACAGGGGACGAAGGAGGCGCGAUGGUGCUGCUGGAGAGUGAACAGUUCUUGACAGAGCUAACAAGGCUUUUUCAAAAAUGCAGGACUACAGGGAGUGUUUAUAUAACGCUAAAGAAAUAUGAUGGUAGGACGAGACCUAUCCCACGAAAGGGCCAUGUGGAGGGUUUUGAGCCUGUGGAUAACAAAUGCCUUCUCAGAGCAACAGAUGGGAAGAAAAAGAUAAGUACAGUGGUGAGCUCAAAGGAAGUAAACAAAUUCCAGAUGGCCUAUUCCAAUUUGCUCAGAGCUAACAUGGAUGGCUUAAAGAAGAAAGACAAGAAAAGCAAAAAUAAGAAAAGCAAAGCAACACAAUGAUGAAGCAAAGGUUUGUUGCUACAGUGGACCCAAAUACUAGCUCUACAAGUUUAUUCUUCAUAUCACUAUGUAUGUUUUGAUGUCACUUCCACCUGUUAACUGGAAUUUAAGCAUUUGGGCUGUGGUAGG